UUGGCAACCAGCGUUAAAUUAAAGAAGUACACGGCACUACAAUCCCCACAAGUCCUUGCGGCGGAAUGGUACGUACGAACGCUUCCGGGUCAUCCUCAGAUUGAGUGUGUUGUUGAGGCUCGAGUUCGCUGUUUUCUCGCUCUUCUCUUUUCUCUGUAAAUGGCGCAAUGAUGUAGAUAAGGAGAACAUUUGAGGCUCUCCGUGACAUGCGCUACCGGCCUCCGUCCCCGCGGGAUUCGGCGUGAAGACUGAGGCGUGAACGUCUGAAAGAAGAGGAGGAUGUGGCAGAGUGUUGGUUUGACCGUGCUGGUGAUUGUGGCCACGCUGAUAUGUGUCCUCCUCUUCAUGCUCUUCGGGUGGUACGUGGUGUGGCAGCUCUUCCUGUCUAAGUUUAAGUUCCUGCGGGAGUUGGUGGGAGACACCGGUUCUCCACAGGCCGAGACCGAGCCCUCCGAGUCGGAGAGUGAGCGCAGCUCGCCCCCAACGCCCCGUCACCGACCCAAAAGCGCUCGCCAAAGGAUCGUCCCUCUUGACAGCACUACAUAGAGCCCUGAGCCACGUCUCCUCCAGUUAACCGUCGUAACCGCGAGGUCAUUUCCUGUGUAACGGACCUGUGCUCUCCUUCACGUCCCUCAUCAUGGUUCCACUCGUUCACCGCCCGUCUGAAGGCACGGUUUUUUUUUGUACGAACCUGCUGAGCCACACGUUCAUGCUCCGACUAACACGCUGCUACCCUCCGCUCCGGAUCUAUAGUAUGUUUACGUGAGAGCGCAUCCAUGCGUAUUUGUUACUGGUUAACCAAUCUGUUAAUGACUCAAGCUCACAAACAAAAGAAAAAAAAGAUGGCGACCAAACGUCCAGUGUUUCUGUGAGCUAACAGCACUAAUAUUCACACUGACACCGCACUGGGUCCGACAUGUACGCAAAUCGUUUCUGCCACAGAAUACAAAUAAAAAAGAAAAUGAUGGCUUUUUAUCUCACAGUUCUGAUGGAAAACAGAAUUCAGAGAUACAAACGUCUCACAAUUCUGACUUUUUUUCUGAAAUGAGUUUACAUUAAAAAAGGUAAUUGCGAUUUUCUGACAUAAUUUUAACCUUUUUUUUUUCCUUGCAAUUGUGAGUUUCUCUCUGAAUUCUGAGAUUACAUAAAAAAGAUAAUUGCGACUGUCUCACAGUUAGGAUUUUUUUUCCCUUGUAAUUGCAAGUUUAUACAAUUCUGAUUUGUAUAUUUAACAAUUCUGACUUUUUUUCCAUAACUGACUUUUUUUUUUUUUUACAAUUUAGAUUUUUCUUUAAAAUUGUAUGAACCUUUUAAUUCGUUUUUUUUUUAUUCCAUGCAUAAACAAGAUAUAAUUGCACAUUUACUGUUAUGUGAAAACAAAAAAAACAAUUUCAAACAAAGUCGCAACUACCUUUUUAAUUCAUAUUUAUUUAUUUUUCUGCUGAAACAGGUGUCCGUACUAACUUGUCCAACAAGUGCAAUGAAAGCUUCUUUAUUUUUCACAACAUUUUGACAGGACCGCACACCCUAACAAUGUUAAGAAUAGGCACGUUAGGUUGAUGUUUUUGUAAAAUUUUGCCCCAAACACAGCAUAGUGCUUUAUGAUGGCUGCCAUCGGUCGCCUCCGCUCUGCAUCCUUGUGCCUCUGGCUUGGGUUGAAGUCGUCCUGUUUGAGCGGAUGGAUCUCAGAUACUCCUGCUGUUCCCAGCUUUAGAGAAGCAUUAGAGCUAGAAAUGCUGCACUGACCUCAGCUCAGCCGAUCCUGCCUGUGUGUGAAACUGUGUUCACAGGUCAGCUUCUGAAGAAACGCCUUUAUCACCAGUGUAGACGGUCACAUGUUUUGUUUUUUUUUUUUUUUCUUUUUUGGGUCCCUUUUAUGACAGUAGAUGUUUACCCUUCAUAAUAAAUAUAUUUCAGAAAACACUGAAGUUGUUUAUGCGAGCUCUGACUUUAUUGCAUGUUUUAAUUAAAACUUAACUCCGUCUCAGGUGGCUUACUGCUGUAAUUUAAAAGACGGGUUUUGUGCUUCAGUUAUCAUUACCAACUAAUAAAACUAUUUUAUAAUCAA